UAAUUUGAAUUUUAAGCCACCGGUGAACCAAUAUCCACUUAAAAGAACCUUCCACACGUGAAGUGCAAAGAUGAGCGGCGCACUGAAAGCCAAAGAACAACUGAUACGCGCUGUGGAAUGCGAUCAGAUCGGACGAAUACUGGAGGCGCAGACGCUUUACCAAGAUGGCAUCACGCAGCUCAUGUCGUUCGUGGAGACUGAACCAGAUGAGAAUAAGCGCAAGGCGUUCGUGCUCCGCAUCAAGGAGUAUAUAGAUCGGGCGGACGCCAUCAAGGCCCGCGUCAAUGGCAAGCUCAUGCUGGGCCAGGUGGUGGACCACAUAUCGAUAGAGGAGAACGACACGGGAUAUGACUACGAUCAGAUCUUUGGCAAAUACAUGGACGACAAGACCGUUGAGAUCCUGCUCGAGGAGCCCUACAUGACGCAAAACUAUCAGUAUCAAAACCUCAUACGCUUCCUGGAGCUGGCCAUCACAAACUGCAAAAACUUGAAGUAUUUCCGUUUGAUUACCAAAGAGUACUCGGAUCCAAAGAAUCCCGAUCAGCAAAAGACUAACCUGGGACAGAUAAGAGCCGACCUGGAGCGAAGGUACAUCGUUGUCUCCAUAAAAUAUGAAGACACGUUGCACGAUCGAAGAAUUUAUCUGAGCAACGGCUAUAUAAUUAAAAUCGGACGCGGAUUGCACUUUUACAAGGCGGCCAAUCCCAUGUAUUCCAUUGGCCUGGUCAACUACAAGUACCGCAAGUGCCUCCAAACAGAUGUGGACGUAUGGCGCAACAAUAGCACAGCAUCCUAGGGAAUGUCAUUCCAUUUUAAAAGACAAAGACAAGACAGAUUUUUCAUACAACACUUAAUUUUGAUAAAUAUAUCUUUCAAUUUUUUGCGAA